UAUUAAUACAAAAAAAGAAGAAGACUGGACACUAUGUUAAGAAAAGCAUUUCAACGUUCUUUAACAAGAUCUUUUAUAGCAGAACCUUUAUAUAAAACAACUUUACCCAUUUCAAGUCGAUUGUUUUCUAUCAAUGUAAAGCAACAGCAAGAAACAACAACCACAGAAACCCUCAAACCUACUCUUGAUUCUUUGGGAUUUGAAUCAAAAGUUGUCAAGGGGUAUGACAGGCCUAUCUAUCUUGACAUGCAAGCAACAAGUCCUACCGACCCUAGAGUUUUAGAUGCCAUGCUUCCUUAUAUGACUGAAUUAUACGGUAAUCCUCAUUCUAGAACUCAUCCAUACGGUUGGGAGACUGAGAAAGCUGUUGAGCUUGCUCGUGAGCAUGUUGCAAAAUUAAUCAAUGCUGACCCCAAAGAAAUUAUCUUUACUUCAGGCGCUACAGAAUCAAAUAAUAUUAGUAUAAAAGGUGUUGCAAGAUUCUAUAAAAACAAAAAGAAGCAUAUUAUCACAACACAAAUCGAACAUAAAUGUGUAUUAGAAUCAUGUAGAAUGUUACAGGAAGAAGGAUUUGAUGUAACCUAUCUUCCAGUUCAAUCCAAUGGUCGUAUUGACUUGAAGCAGUUGGAAGAAGCGAUGCGACCUGAUACAGCUGUUGUCUCCAUCAUGACAGUGAAUAAUGAAAUUGGUGUAAUUCAACCUAUAGAAGAGAUUGGUAAAUUAUGUCGAUCAAAAAAGAUCUUUUUCCAUACAGAUGCUGCGCAAGCAGUAGGCAAAAUCCCAUUAGAUGUGAAUGCAAUGAACAUCGAUCUGAUGAGUAUUUCGGGUCACAAAAUUUAUGGUCCAAAGGGUAUUGGUGCUGUUUAUGUGCGUAGACGACCAAGAGUUCGUCUGGAAGCUGUACAAAGUGGUGGUGGACAAGAAAGAGGCUUAAGAAGCGGUACAGUACCUCACCCAUUAGUUGUAGGUUUUGGUGAAGCUUGUAGAAUUGCUAAAGAAGAAAUGGAGUAUGAUCAUGCUAGAAUCUCAAGACUUUCAAAGCGUUUGAUUGAAGGUAUUCAAUCUCAAGUUGAAGAAGUGCAUCGUAAUGGUGAUCCUGAACAUAAUUAUCCAGGAUGUGUUAAUCUAUCAUUUGCAUAUGUUGAAGGAGAAUCAUUAUUAAUGGCAUUAAAAGAUAUUGCAUUAUCAUCAGGUUCUGCAUGUACAUCUGCAUCACUCGAACCAUCCUAUGUGUUGCGUGCUUUAGGUGCAGAUGAUGAAAUGGCUCAUAGUUCAAUUCGUUUCGGUAUUGGUAGAUUUACUACAGAUGAAGAAAUUGAUUUUGUUAUCAAAAAGGUAGCUCAACAUGUAGGCAAGUUAAGAGAAAUGUCUCCUUUAUGGGAAAUGGUCCAAGAAGGCAUUGAUCUUAAAUCUAUUCAAUGGGCUCAGCACUAAUAUUUUGUACAAUUAGAGUACACAAAUAAGAUAUAUAUAGGAAAUAAAGUAAAUAAAGCCAAAUAAGUAUAAUAAUUAUUUAUUGUUAUUAUUACAUAAUCAUUAUCCUUAGACUGGU